UCAGCGGAAGUGGAUGUAAACAUGUCAAUCGGAGCGUUUGGUUCAGUUUUGCGGCUGUGAAAAUCAGUAUGAUUGAUUCAAAUAAAUGUGCUUUUAAAAAAUAUUUUAAGAAAAUGUUGGCAAUGAAGUAUUGAAUCUUAUACUGCGGCGUUUUCGAAACUCAGUUUUGCUAACGUUUAGCGUGUCCAUGGCCUCCAAACAGCCAUUUACAGAUUCUGACACUGCUGAUGAAGCAGUCAGAGCAACUUGCGACGAUGCAUCGACAUGCAAAAGAUUUGCUACCAGUAAAGGUUACUGGACUGACCUCUACGUCCAGUAUUUUGUGAGACAAAUAGGUGAACGUAAAGCACCUGAGAUCAACAGAGGUUAUUAUGGUCGUGUCAGAGGGAUGAAUCUUCUCAUCGAUGCUUUUCUCAAGAAGACUCGAUGUGAUUGCCAGGUGGUCAAUCUUGGGGCAGGACUGGAUACUACUUUUUGGAGAUUAAAGGAUGAAAACAUAAUGCCGAAAAAGUUCUUCGAAGUCGACUUCCCAAUGAUUGUUGCCAGAAAAAUACACCACAUCAAGACAAAACCUCCACUAUCAAAACCUUUGAUUGAGACCCACUCCACUGAUUCACUCGUCCUGGAUGGUCACAGCCUGGACUCGGACAGAUAUUGUAUCAUCGGUGCUGAUCUAAGAGACCUUCCUGCUUUAGAGGAGAAACUAAAAAAGUUCCAGAUAAACCCAGAGUUGCCCACUCUGUUUCUGUCCGAGUGUGUACUGGUGUACAUGACCCCUGAGAAGUCCUCCAAACUGCUGAACUGGGUUGCACACACCUUCCCCACAGCCAUGUUCAUUAACUACGAGCAGGUGAACAUGAACGAUCGCUUCGGGCAGAUCAUGAUUGAGAAUCUGCAGAGACGACAGUGUAACCUGGCUGGGGUGGAUGUGUGUCAGUCUCUGGACUCUCAAAAGGAGCGCUUUCUGUCAGCAGGCUGGGAAAGUGUAAAGGCACUGGACAUGAUGACGGUCUACAGCAUGCUUCCUCGGGAAGAUGUAGCUAGAAUUGAGCGUCUGGAAUUUUUAGAUGAAAAGGAACUUCUCCACCAGCUUCUCCAGCACUACUGCAUCUGCUGGGCUGUAAAAGAUAAGCUCAGUCUAGGCCUCUCGCAAAUUGGGUUUUAAACUUCAAUAGCGUCUUGGUUGUAAAUGUUUCAUUUGAGACGGCAUCACUAAGAGUGGACAGGACGCUCUUCUUGUUCUUGGCGCUUUUCAGAGGACAGGAAGGGGAAGUCAUUUAUAUCUUUAUUUCCAUUUUUGAGCACAAUAAAAAUGGAGACUACUGGCAUCAGCGUCUUUUCUUCUGUUUUACUUGUCUCUUCUUCUGUCUCCCAUGUGACCGACGGGUCUCACUAAAGUGUCGUAUUAAUUCAGGCAUGUUUAACAAAUGUAAAGCAAAGCUGUUGUUAAACAGUUUUUGUUAGCUGAAUAAAAAGUAACGGGUUUUUGUAAAAGCACUGAAUAUUCAUGAACGGUGAUGAUGAAUAAAGUCAAUUAAGAG